AUGUGUAUAGGUUUGUUCAAGCGGAUGGUUAGUUACACAUCAUGUUCAAUCGAGCAUGAUGGAGAGGAGCCCGAUGUCUCAUGGGUUGAUUCGGUGUUAAAGGACUCGCCAUCCGAGGUGAAAGAGACAAUUGCUAUUCCAAUCUCAAGUACCCUUGAUGGCUCUACUUUAAAUCCUCAUAUUGAAUCCG